GCAGGGGGGGGGGGAUAAUUGCUAUACCAAUAACCAAUGUCACCAUAUUUUAGAUAAAGUUCGUAUUUUCAGAAAAAAAUAACAAUAUUUGUUCUGUUUUUUUUUAAUGUCGGCAUUAAACAAAUAGCGAAUGAAAUAAUGGAAUAUGGACUUUGACAACUAAAAUAUGUUUACUAUCAGCGAAGCAGAUUUUAAGGAACCAUUUGCUUGUGCGGAGUAUGUUGAGAGACUUGCAAGUACUGUUGAAGGUGGUGGAACAAAGGGUGGGGAGGGGAAAUUUGAUCCAAACAAUCUUCAUAGCUUUUUUGUCAAUUCAAUUCAUCAACUUGAAUUAUUGGACAAAUCCAUCCAAGGCCAGGUCAAUAAACUGGAAGAGCUCUGUACAAAAGAAGAAAAAGAACACAAAGGAAGGAUUGUUAGUUUGGAAGAUGAGAUUAAGAGGGCUACUAAAAUAUUCCAUACGUUAGAUAAUCGAAUAAAUUCUGUUGCCACCAACGUUGUCCAUCUAGGAGAUCAACUUGAAGGCAUCAACACACCAAGACAGCGAGCUAAAGAUACUUUACAACUCAUGGAGUAUUUUAAUGAAUUUCUUGUUGAAGGUACUCCAACAUCAACUGUAUUUCACGAUGAAGCAAAGAUACACGAGGCAGCUAAUGUAAUUCAAAAACUAAACCAAAUAUCGCAAGAACUUCCAAAUGAAGAACGUUUCAAAGGCGUAAAGGAGCAUAUUGAUGAAUAUUACAAGGAUAUUGGGGACAAAUUGAUUACACUUUUCAAACGCGCUCAUCACGAAGGCGACCAAGAAAAGAUGAAGACGAUUGCCGAAACUCUUCAACCUUUUAAUCCGCAUAAUCAAAAUUGCGUGGACGUUUUCAUAUCUGAGAGCCAAAAGAGUCAGUUCAACUCUCAAGAUGUCUUCAAAGACGUUGUCGGAUUAUGCCGAAAUGUGAAUAGCCUAGUGAAGUUUGUGUUUGGAAUGAGUGGUGGAAUGGUUAUGGAUAAGCUUGUUCAAGAUGUCUAUGAAGGUGCAAUCAAGAAAUAUGUCGAUCAUAAGCUUGACCAUAGAAUUGCCACGCAAAAAGAGUCUUACUUGGAAAACCUUUACGUUUUAUAUCGAAAGACAAAAGAAUUGGGCCAAAAGUUAUCAGAGUGUAAACUUGGUCCUGACUUAGCAUCUUUGUCGCGAUUACGGAGAAACAUUUUUAGCAAUUAUUUAAAAGAUUACGAGAAACGCGAACUUGAAUACCUAAUACGCAAAUCUGAAUCUCUUCUCAACAAAUAUUACGAAUCCAUUGGACAUCAGAAAAGAGAAAAGACUCACAUGUCUGGGUUUAAUGACUUUGUUCGGAUGACUGGUUUAAGUCAAGGACCACAACAACAAAGUGACAACACCAAGGAAACAUAUCUUAAUCAAGAUGUUGCUGUGAGCCUUUUGCUUGAAAAUAAGAAAUCCUUACAAAGAUGUGAAUUGCUUUGCAACCCAGAUUUUGUACCAUCGUGCGUACAUGAAAUAUAUUCUAUCCUUCUGAACUGUUUGUGUCGUGACCAUCUUGAUUACGCUCUUACUAUUGGAUUAGAAUAUUUACCUGCGCCAGAACCCAAAUCCAUUCCUAAUUCACGAUUCCUGGAGGUUGUGGACCAAGCUAAUGCAAUCUUUCAUUUGUUGGAAAAACAUUUCAGCGACGCCAUUUUGCCACUAGUUGGUUCCAGCACUACUUACGGUCAAUGUGUUCGCAAGAAGAAAGAAAUCAUGGAAGAUAUGGAGAAGAAAUUAGAUAACGGAAUGGAAAGAUUGAUCACUUCUUACGCGGGAUAUGUUAAGCACGUAUUGAACACGGAACAGAAAAAGAGUGACUUUCGACCUCCAGAAGAGCAAAAUGCCGACUUGUUUAGCUGUACUCAGGCCUGUAAAAAAUGCUGUCAAUUUAUCGAAAUCCAACGUUCCCUUCUAAAGGAUUAUGUGGAUGGCAAGAAUCUGGAAUGUGCUCUAACCGAGUUUGGCAUUAGAGUUCAUCGACAUCUUGUCGAUCAUUUACAGCAAUUCCAGUAUAACUCGAUCGGUGGAAUGUUAGCAAUAUGUGAUAUCAACGAAUAUAGAAAGUGCAUACAAAAAUUUGAGAUAAAAUUGCUUGACAAGUUAUUCAACACUCUCCAUUCUCUUGGUAAUCUCCUUAUUGUCGCUGCAGAUAAUAUACCACAAGUUAUUAAAGAAGAACAAUUGGCUCCUCUUGAAAAGAGUGUAAUUCAGUCGUUUGUGCAACUUCGAGCUGACUAUAAGACGUCCAAGCUUGCUAGACAUCUUGAAUGAAUAUUAAAAUUUGAAAAGAAUAUCGAAGAAUAGUUUUACUGUCAAUUUUCACAACAUGCAGCGUUCAGUAUAAUUCUAUGUAAUGUUGCGAAAUUAAUUUCAAAUUUCCAGUGUUUAUUUGUCAUCAAGUUAAUUUGGAAACGAACUCCAUUAGAAUUGCAUGCCCUAACACCUUGGCAAACAUAUAUAUCUUUAAGCAAACUUAGUACAAGAUUACGCUGAAAAGUUGAUAUGAAAUGAAUUCUAAAUCAAAAGAAGAUCGAUAAAUUUGGAUGAUUUCGCACUAUGAAUUAUACAAUUUUUUCUACAAGAAAAA